AUGAACCAGCAUGAACUCGCUCAUGGCGAAACAAGUACAGCUCCUGGGGGUCGUCUGGAGUUCAUCAUCAUACAGACGCCCGACGACACCACCAAGGACACAUUUCGCAGACAGGUCCGAUCUCACGUCACUAGAGUGCAGCACCAACGCACGAGGCUCAGUGCUAUUACUGGCGUGGACCAUACAAAGUCGGAGGUGCAUUCAGACAAGCAUCGAAUCAGGAGAAAGAAGACGGACGGGCAGGCAAAGUUUCGGGCAAACCGAGUUGAGAAGAUCACACAAGCAGUGAAGAGACCGACGCCAACAGGACAAGAUGCCGUCCAUACUCCACCCAGAGCAUCGACAGAUCUGUUACAGGUCACCAAGAACACGUCUCCUGCGACAGCAAAAGCUAUCACAGAUGAGCUAGCUAGAAGAGCAGGGACAUCUGUCGGUGAUCUAAGGCAUGGCGCCAGCGGUAUAAGCGCUUUGGCUGUUCACGAGACACCAGGAGAAAUAGUGACAACACCAGCGGUUGACAGCGAGCAGCCUGCAUUACCAGGUAGCCCUGCUGCCGUCAAUUUCUCGCAAGGCGUCAUGGCCGCUCGCACAUUCCUCUUCCAUGACCAGGAUAACGUUGUUGGCAUCGUCCUGAAGCACCUCCGUUUCGAUUUGUCGUCGGUACUGGCCACCUACAAAGUCAUCGUCCAGAUGCAGUCACAGGACUUUGAGCGCAACCAGCCUGACAUGCCAGCCAUGAAUCCCGGCUCGACUUGGCUGAGAUUCUGGGAAUACAUCUGGACCGAUCCCGCCAUCAUGAUCGGCGCCGUCUUGCUGACAGUGACAUUCCGGCUCCAAAUGUGGGAGAAACCACCGGACCACCCGCACUGGUACCAUUUGCUCCAUCUGCGUGGCUUUUUCAUCCGGACUAUCGACGCUGCAUUCAGAGACCCUGUGCGGUGCACGUGCGAUCAGAUGUUGGUAGCCGUGGCGCUGGCGUCCGCCUUCGAAGUCAAGUACAACCAGAACAUGGACCAAGGAUAUCAUACGCACAUGAGAGGGCUGGUCAAGAUGGUUCGCAUGAGGGGCGGGCUUGCCCAGAUUGCCACAACUGAUCCGUUUUUGGAGCGGUUUCUUUUGUGGCAUGUUGCGAAUACUUCGGCUUUGCCUAGAGGACAGAAUGUGUAUUAUCAGCAACUCAGCAGGACGACUGCGGUGAUACAUCCGAAAGCGGAUUCGCAUAUGUUCCAGAUGAAGGAGCUGGUGGUGCGAGCUGUGCAGUGA